AUGCGGGCGGCGUACGCGAAGACGCGGCACGAGCGUAAACACAGCGAAGACGCGUUUCUGCGCGCGCAGUACGACGCGAGGCGAAGCGCGCGAGGCUUGGAGACGAAGACGAAGACGCCGAGCGCGAUGGAGAUUUCGAGAGGGGAAAAAGAGGGGAAGGGCGUCGACGGGGAGGUGGUGCGGCGAGCGAUGCGAGCGGGGAUCGAGUAUUAUCGAGGGAUACAGGACGAGGACGGACACUGGGCGAGCGACUACGGCGGGCCGAUGUUUUUGAUGCCGGGGUUGAUCAUCGCGGCGAACGUCAUGGAAAAAUCGGAGGAGAUCAUCGGUGAAGCGCGAGGGCGGGAGAUGCUGAGAUACCUGGAGAAUCACUUGAACGAGGAUGGGGGCGUUGGGUUGCACAUCGAAGGUCACAGUACAAUGUUUGGGACGGUUUUGACGUACGUGGCGAUGCGGUUGCUCGGCAAGGCGGCGGAUUCGCCCGAGUGCGCGAAAACGCGCAAGUGGAUCAUCGAUCGCGGUGGCGCGACGCAGGUACCGUCGUGGGGGAAGUUUUGGCUCGCCGUGCUGGGGGUGUACGAGUGGCACGGGUUGAAUCCGAUUCCGCCCGAGUGUUGGUUGUUGCCGUAUUGGCUCCCCAUGCAUCCGGGUCGAUUCUGGUGCCACUGUCGCAUGGUGUACUUGCCGAUGAGUUACCUGUACGGCAUCCGGGCCACGGGUAAACCGACGGCGUUGACCGCGGCGUUGAAAUCGGAGUUAUACGCCGAGGCAUCGUACGACUCAAUCAACUGGAACACUGCGAGAAACGCGUGCGCGAAGGAGGACUUGUACUACCCGCACCCGUGGAUUCAAGACGUCGUCUGGUCGACGCUCAUGAAGGUCGAGCCGUUCUUGAUGAAUUCUCGCGUGCGCAAGGCGGCGUGCGAAGAUGCGAUGCGGCAGAUUCAUUACGAGGACGAAAACACGCGCUACGUGGACAUUGGGCCGGUGAAUAAAGUCUUCAAUAUGUUGUCAUGCUGGUUUGAAGAUCCCGAUUCAGAGGCGGUGAAGAAGCACAUUCCACGCAUCGCCGACUACCUCUGGGUCGCCGAGGACGGGAUGAAAAUGCAAGGAUACAACGGAAGUCAGCUGUGGGACUGCGCGUUUUCCGUUCAAGCGAUCGUAGCGACGGGUUUAGCGGACGAAUAUGGCGAGUGCUUACGUCGCGCGCACGACUACAUCGAAAAGAGUCAAGUACGAGACGACUGCCCUGAUGUCGAAAAGUGGUAUCGUCACAUUUCCAAGGGUGCGUGGCCGUUCAGCACACGCGAUCACGGUUGGCCGAUCUCCGAUUGCUCCUCCGAAGGCUUGAAGGCGGCUUUGACGCUGGCGUCGAUGGACGAGAAACUCGUCGGCGAGGCGAUUCCCGUCGACCGACUCGCGGAUUGCGUGAACGUCAUCCUAUCCUAUCAAAAUCGCGGCAGUGGUGGCUGGGCUACGUACGAAAAUACUCGAUCGACGAAGUGGGUCGAGCUCUUGAACCCAGCGGAGACGUUCGGGGACAUCAUGAUCGAUUACCCGUACGUUGAGUGCUCGAGCGCGAGUUUGCAGGCGCUGUGCAAAUUUUCUGAGCGCUAUCCGGACAUUCGCGCCAAGGAUAUCGCGCAUGCCAAGAAGACUGGCCGAAAGUUUUUGAAAAGUAUUCAACGCGCCGAUGGAAGCUGGUACGGAUCGUGGGCGGUGUGCUUCACGUACGGAACGUGGUUCGGCGUCCUGGGAUUGAUCGCCACGGGGUCGACGUACGAGACGUGCCCAUCGCUUCGUAAAGCAGUCGAGUUCUUGCUCUCGAAACAGCAAGAAAAUGGUGGAUGGAGCGAGAGCUAUUUAUCGUGCGAGAAAAAGGCGUACCACGAGCUUCGCGACAAGGAUGGUAAGCCGAAGCCGCACUUGGUAAACACGGGAUGGGCGAUGCUUGCGCUCAUCGCCAGCGGUCAACAAAACCGCGACGCGACGCCAUUACAUCGCGCCGCACGAUGCAUGCUCUCACAACAAUAUGAGAACGGCGAUUUCCCGCAGCAAAGCAUCAUGGGUGUCUUCAACGCCAACUGCAUGAUUUCCUACAGUUGCUACCGAAGCAUUUUCACACUCUGGGCGCUCGGCGAGUACUGCAACAAAGUUCUGUAA